AUGUCGCAGAUCUACGGCCAUAAGAGUAAUUCAUACGAUAGCAUCAGGCUCGAUGGCACCAGCCGGCUCAUUAUUGGUGACACUUUCCGUACCACUGUUUUCCAACAACCCGCGGCGCCGUUGCCAGUCCCCAAGCAGCAUUUCAACGUUAUCCUUCCAAGGGCGCAGAAUUUUGUAGACGAGAUGUAG